AUGCUCUCGAGAGCUUCCCAGAGAGUCGAUAGAACAGAUGAUAAAUGCGAGUAUUUCACCGUUGACAAUCUCAGCUUCGAACAUGGAACGUUUCCAAAACCUGGAGUGUUCAUUUCGCCCGCAUCGUCUUCUCUACUCUCGUCAGCGUUUUUAGCCCAGCCGUUUGCUGUCAGUAUUCCUCCCGGCAUCAGCCUGUUCCCGCCAGACAGCGCUGAUUCAUUUAGUGGAUUUUCAAGUUUUGCACUUGGAAACAACAAAAAUGUCGGUCUGUCGAAACUUAACCUGAACACCAUUCGAACGUCGCCAAAUCUGCUUUGUGCUGUCUGCGGAGACGUAUCUUCCGGCAAGCACUACGGUAUUUUGGCCUGCAACGGAUGCUCAGGUUUCUUCAAACGCAGCGUACGCCGGAAACUCAUUUACAGAUGCCAGGCCGGUACUGGCGAAUGCGUGGUAGACAAAACUCAUCGAAACCAAUGUCAGGCUUGUCGAUUGAAGAAGUGUCUUCAAAUGGGGAUGAACAGAGACGCCGUGCAAAACGAACGCCAGCCAAGAAAUACGGCGGUCGUUCAGAAUCCAUUGGAGAUGGAAUUUCGCCAUGCGGUAGGAGACCAUUUGAUUCGCGACUACGUGAGCACGGUUUCGGCUGCAGUUGGGGCGUUGGGACCGGAAAGCUUAGCAAAUCAGCGAAUCUCCAGUCAUUUCAUGGCCAACUACUUGCAUAACCACUCAACCCAGCUGAUGCGGCCGUCUUCCAACGCGAUUUCAACCAUUUACGACGAGGUCAAACACCAGGACAGUUCGCACCCUGCGCAGCAAAGCACUGCAGAUGAGAAGGAUAUAAAAUCUGAUUGCGUAAAAGCAGCAUCUGAACAAUUCGUGGAAGCGGAGAAAACGGAUUCCACAUCGACCAAGAGUGCAGCAGCAGCGCCAAAUCUUUCUGAAGCCCAGAGUAUUGGCCCAUCACCCGCACAUCAAUCGCUUUGUGAAACCGCCGCCCGACUACUGUACAUGACGGUGAAAUGGGCAAAAAACUUACCGUCACUGGCUUCCCUUCCUUUCAGGGAUCAGGUUAUACUGCUGGAAGAAAGUUGGAGCGAUAUGUUUCUGCUAAAUCUGUACCAGUGGUACAUGAACAUCGAAAAUUGUCCCCUGCUUUCAGCGCAGACUCUUCCGCAGUACGCGUCACAUUUCUUGAGGCCGUGCGACUUGAAGUACCUGCGAGAUUCGCAUACUCGUUUUCGCAGCUACUGCAUAGAUCCGACCGAGUUCGUCUACUUAAAAGCGAUCGUGCUGUUUCGGCCAGAAGCAAGAGGACUGAAAGAUCCUCACCAGGUUGAAAUUCUGCAAGACCAAGCCUUGCGGAUGCUGACUCAAUACACUCAGAUUCAGCAGCCUUGCUCAAGCGAAAGAUUUGGUCGCUUACUUUUGAUGUUACCGCUGCUUCGGAUGGUUGGGCCAGAAAAGCUGGAAAUGUUAUUUUUUUCAAAAUUAUUGGGCAAUGGAUCUAUGGAAAAGCUAUUGUGUGAUAUAUACAAAAGCUGA